AUGGGUAAGUCAGCUUUGACACUUCUUGAGGGGGAGUCACAGAACCCGAAGCAGUCGACUACAUCUGAUCCUAUUAAAGAACCAGUUGUUGAAGUUAUGAAUACUGUUUUAUCAGCUAUGUCACUUGAUUAUCCGCCGGAGAAGCUCGCCGUUUAUCUUUCCGACGACGGUGGCGCCGCCGUGACGUUGUAUGCUAUUAAGGAAGCAUGUGUUUUUGCUAGGGUUUGGGUGCCUUUUUGUAGGAAGUAUGGUAUAAAGACUGUAUGUCCAGAAGCAUUUUUCUCUUCUUUUGGUGAUGAUGAACGUUUGAAUAUGUUUGGAAAUGAAUUCAAGAAUGAAGAGGAAAAUAUCAAGGCGGCAUACGAAGUGUUAAAGAAAAAUGUAGAGAAAGCCAGUAGCGUUGAAGGGUCCGUCAGAAUGGAUCGACCUCCCUAUGUUGAGGUGAUACAUGAUAAUAUGAAAAUCGAAGGGUGUGAAGAUAAGCAAAUCAAGUUGCCUCUAUUAGUUUAUAUGUCACGCGAAAGGCGACCAUCGCGCCCUCAUCGUUUCAAGGCUGGAGCUUUAAAUGCUCUCCUACGAGUUUCAGGGGUAAUGAGCAAUGCACCAUAUAUGCUUGUGUUGGAUUGUGACAUGUAUUGCAAUGACCCUUCCUCUGCAAAACAAGCCAUGUGUUUUCAUCUUGAUCACAACAUUUCUCCAACUCUCUCUUAUGUACAAUUCCCUCAAACAUUUUACAACGUUAGUAAAAAUGAUAUCUACGAUGCUCAAUCAAGAUCUGCUUACAAGAAUAAGUAUCAAGGCAUGGAUGGAGUAGGAGGGACUGUUUGUGCAGGCACAGGCUAUUAUUUGAAGAAAGAAGCAUUAUAUGAUAGUCCAAAUAACCAGGAUAUGACUCCACUUUUUCUAAAAGCUCAAUCUGAGUACAAAGGAGUUACUUCAAGAGGCAGAAGAAAAGUUUGGUGCUUCUAG